CUUAGAGUAAUAUGGCAAGUAAAGCUGCAAAUUCAAAUUCAGAGAGAUCACUGGCUCUGAAAUGUUUUUAUAUAUCUGAAGAAUAUGGAUUUGCUCUUCGUGAUCCUCUGGUUGAGCUGCCGGUGUACUACCAGCCCUGGUUGGAGAUCGCUGGACGUGUCAGUGAGCUUGUCUCUUCUCACUCCCUUCGAUCAUCUGUUCAUGAGAUGCCUGUGUUGGAUACGCACCUGCUGCAUAGCCAUCGGGAGCUCCGCCUGGCUCACCUGGCCCUGGGCGUCAUCACUAUGAGUUAUGUAUGGCAGGAAGGGGAGCAAGAUAAAGUUAAGGUUCUCCCGCGGAACCUAGCAGUACCGUUCUGGGAGGUAUCUCAGAGGUUGGGUCUCCCACCGAUCUUUACUCACGCUGAUGGAGUCUUGGCCAACUGGAGGAGAAGAAAUCCAGACGGUCCACUGGACAUGGAGAAUCUGGAGCUGCUGUAUAGUAUACCCGGUGGGGAAAGCGCAAGAGGUUUUUUCCUCGUCACUCUCCUGGUGGAACUGGCUGCAGUUCCUGCUCUCAAGGCCAUCCCCGAGGUCAUCGGUGGUGUCUGUGAUGGUGAUGUGUCCGCUGUGACCCGCGGUCUUGAUGUUGUCAGUCGUUCUAUAGGUGACAUAAAGGAGGCUCUUAAACUAAUGCAUGUAUAUGUGGAUCCUUCUGUAUUCUACAGCAUUAUGAGGAUCUUUUUAUCAGGGUGGAAAGACAACCCGUCGAUGACAGGGGGGCUUGUCUAUGAGGGAGUUCAGACCGAACCGAUGGAGUUCUCAGGAGGGAGUGCAGCGCAGAGCAGUCUGCUCCACUGCUUCGAUGAGCUGCUCGGCGUUAAACAUGAGGAACAUAGUGCGAACUUCCUGACCCGAAUGCGAAGCUACAUGCCCCCAUCUCACAGAUGCUUCAUUGAGGAAAUCUCUCGCGCUCCGUCCCUGAGGGCCUUCGUGCUAAACCAGGCCGACGAGCGUCUGACGGAGGCCUUCGAUCACUGUGUGGCUCAGCUGGUUUUACUACGGAGUUACCACAUCAGUGUUGUGUCACGCUUCAUCACCGUCCCGGCGUCCCGAGCCAAACAGCUCCGCUCUGCAGGCCCGGCAUCUUCCGAAGAUCCCGAUCCUGUGCAGAAAGCACCCUUGGCACUGGAAGAAAAAGGAACAGGCGGUACAGGGAUCAUGAGCUUCCUGAAAUCUGUGAGGGACCGAACGAAAGAGGUUUGGAUUUCAAAGACAGCGAUGGAAGGGAUGUGUAAGGAUAAGGUGUAGGAACUCCAGGUGUAGGGGCUAAUUUUUUAUAAAAGGGUCAUUAAUCCAAACAAGUUAUAGAAGCAGGUCAGACAUGAGCCUGUGUGGUGUCCAGAUCAUAGUUAAUUUUAAAUUAAUGUAGCUAAAAACAUCCAGAAGAUUAGAUGAUACUGGAAUGGGAUUAAAGCAUUUCUUUACUUAUUCUUUAUUUCUUUCUGUAACAAAAAUAUUCUUCAGCAACCUUGUCGACAAAGCUCGAGGAGUUGAUCAUCAGUUG